CUUCGCUGUAUAACGUGGUCUGUUCCGACUUGCUAGACGUUAACGUUUGAUCGUAGACACAAGGAAACUUCCCUAUUUAGUGUUUGCAUUUAGUAUUCAAGCGCCCAGAGAUACCGGCUAUUAUGCCACCGAAGGUAGCAGUUAAACAGCCAACGGUCUCAGCCCUUCCGAAAGCCAGUGUUCCGAAAGAGAAGCGCCGCCGGAAGAGGAGGGAGAGCUAUGCGAUCUACAUCUACAAGGUGCUGAAGCAGGUGCACCCGGACACGGGCAUAUCGAGCAAGGCGAUGAGCAUAAUGAACAGCUUCGUCAACGACGUGUUCGAGCGCAUCGCGGACGAGGCGUCGCGGCUGGCGCUGAGCAACCGCAAGUCGACGGUGACGAGCCGCGAGAUCCAGACGGCGGCGCGCCUGCUGCUGCCGGGCGAGCUGGCCAAGCACGCCGUCAGCGAGGGCACCAAGGCCGUCACCAAGUACACCAGCACCAAGUAGCCGCGCCGCCUUCAAAGGUUGGACACCAACACUGUCGUGCGAGUCCGCUCCCCCUUCCUAUAAAACUUAAAUUCCACUACAUUUCCAACAUGAAUACUAGGAUAGUGAGGUUCAGAAGCGUAGGUUUAGUUCCCGAGCAACUUCAGUCGUUGCACAUUAUCUCAGUACUUUUGUGGAUCUCAUUUAGCAACAGUGAGGGUUUUAGUUCUGUAAAACUUCCAGAUAGUGUGAAAGUGCCAAACGUAUAUUAGCGAUAAUACAAGUGACAUGUGUGACGUUUAAGUGGAAGUUUGAUAGUCAAAUAAGUUAAGAUUUCAGACAAUACCUCAAAGUAGGCGUAAAAUAAGUGGUUUUACUUUGUCCAAUGAAA